AUGGCCAGCGACAGCAGAAAGCAAGACUCCGUAGUGUCUACGGAGCCUGGGGUACAAGUCGCAUCUCCCGAGAAUGGUAGGCAGAAGGUGCUCUCGAAUAUCUCACGAAACAUCUGGGGCGAUGACCCGCGAGAGAGAAGAUACGUUCGAAAAUUGGACACAUUCCUCUUCUCUUACGUACUUCUCGGGUACUUCGUCAAGUACCUUGACCAGAAUAACUAUAGCAAUGCGUUUGUCAGCGGUAUGCAAGAGGAGCUACAUCUUUACGGCAACGAGAGAAACCUCCUGACCACAUACUUCAACAUUGGUAUCAUCUUGGGCACCAUCCCAGCACAGAUGAUCCAGCUGAAGUAUGUUCGCCCUUCUAUCUGGAUACCGGCGUGUGAACUUGGGUGGUCUGCAUUGACAAUGGUCAUGGCGAGCGCCAAAAACGUGGAAACGCUUUAUGCAUUGCGCUUCUUUAUAGGACUCCUUGAGUCCUGUUCUUUUCCCGGUUUUGCUAGCAUCCUGGGUAGUUGGUACGGCAAAACACAACUUGCCAAACGCAUGGCUCUGUUCGAGCAGACUGCUGCCAUUGCAGGCAUAUUCAGUGGGUACCUCCAAGCUGGUCUUUACACUGGCAUGAAUGGGACUGCGGGACUUUCUGGCUGGAGGUGGCUCUUCAUCAUGGAUGGCGUUAUCUCGAUUCCGAUUGCUUUUUAUGGUUUCUUUGCGCUUCCUGACUUGCCACAUAAUACUAGGGCCUUCUAUCUCUCGAAAGAGGACCGCGAAUAUGGCGUCGAUCGAGCCAGAGCUAUGGGUCGAAAGCCACCAUCCAAGUUAACUCUCAAGGGUAUCAAGGAUAUAUACACUUCGUGGCAGCUUUGGGCUUUCAUUGUCCCCUACCUCAUGGUGGCUGAAGCUGGUUCUGGUACCGGUUACUUCAACCUCUACCUCAAGUCUGAGGGCUAUAGCGUGGUCAAAACGAACAUACUUCCGACGAUAGGAAACGCGAUACAGAUCGUCGCAGCUUUCACAGUGGGCUGGCUGUCAGAUGCCACGGGUAGUCGUGUGUUGACAGUGGUGUUCGUGCAGGCCCUAGUUCUUGUCUCGAAUAUCAUACUGUCGAUAUGGAAUGUCCCCAAGGCGGCAUUGCUUGCGGCCUUCUAUCUGAGCUACACGGGUGGUGCGGCUCAGCCAAUUGUCAUCAGCUAUGGGCAUGAGAUUACGCAAUGGAAUGCGAAUCUUCGACAACUGCUAGUUGCUACGGGAAACAUCUUCACCUACACCUUCAGUGCUUGGAUGCCCGUGGUGCUAUUCCCGACCUAUGACGCUCCCCAGUAUAAAUACGGUUACCAGAUAUUGAUUCUCUUCGGAUUAUUUGCUGCUGCGGGUAUUUAUCUUCUUGACUAUCUCUACAAGAGAGACUUGUAUGUAGAAUUCCGAGAAGGAGUGCAUUAA